UCAAGUUUAUAAAUGCCCUGGCAACGACGAAAAUCAUGGCGGAAGAAGAGACCGAAACGAAGCUUGCUGUUGCGGCAAUGACAUCGCAAGAACUGGCCAAACUGGCGCUGGAAGAUGCCAUGCUUGCUGAUCACUCGAGUGGGGAUGACUCUUCCGGCGAUGACGAUGGUGAUAUUCGGCCGUCCAUCGCUGACCAACAGAAGGUUGGGUUCUUCAGUCAGGAUCGAGCCACGCAGACGGAGCGGUCCGACAUCAUCAACCUCAAGGAGAUGACCAAGGACAUACAGGGUCUCCUUAAGGAAUCUCAGAGACUAAAACGGGAAUUGGCGGUCACGAAGCAAGUCAUGCAGGCCGACUACGAGAACAGGCUUCAGGAGAAGACACUGGAUAUGUACGUCCGCAUCAACGAACGGGUGGAGGAACUGCAGAAAAUGCACUCCGAGAGGGUGGAGAUUGUGCGGAGAAGUUUCCGGCAGCAGUUGGCAGAUGCUAUAGUGAAGCUGAACAACGAUUGGAAGAAACACGCCGGGCUGAAGAUGCAAGCAGAGCAGCGGCGGCUGGCCAGCAAGAACGAUCAGAUGGGCGAGGACUACGAGAAGCUGGUGCAGCAGGUGGCCCAGCAGGAGGGCAUCAUCGACAUGCUCCGCAUGCAGAUUGCACAAAUUGCACAGGAACCGCGGAGUGAGGCAUCCACGCCCAGCGCCGUGUACGAGGUGGAACACCUGCGGGACGAGAUGGGGAACCUGCAGCAGAGAAUCGACUCCAUGGAGGAGGCCAUGGAUGCUAAGGAUGAACAAAUAGAUGAACUUAACAAGGAUGUCGAAAGGUUAACAAAGGAUCUGGAGAAGGAGAGAGUACAAGUGAAACAGCUUCUCCAUGAAUUGGAAGAAUCAAAAGCAACAGCUCAACAAGAACUGGCCUCACUACGACGAAACGCGGACAAGCAACGGCUGCAGAUGGAGCGAGAAAUGCAGGACAAGAUGAGCAAAGCAAGAGACGAGAUGAUUGAAGCAAAAGAGGAGGAGCGCAAAAAAAUGGUGACACUGGCUCGGAAGCACGCCAAAGAAGCCCAGCAGCAAGAAGAGGAGAGACAGCGAAUCCUGGAGGAACAACGUAAGGCGGCGCUGGCUUUGGAGAAGAAGGAAAGAGAGAAUGCUUUGCAAGCUUCCAAGAGUGACACCGAUAUCAAUCGGCUGAGAAAGAUGGAAACCUUCCUCAAACUGGAAGUAGCAAGGUUGAAGAAAGAGCUUGCCAGGACCACCAGAAUGUGGGAAAAGAAAUUUGCCAUUCUGCAGAAAAGCUUGUAUGCUUUGAAGGACGAGAGUUUUGUGAGGCAGACUUUGCAGAAGCAAGCGGCCACGCUCCACCAUGCGUCCGUGUCCUACGCAGCGGACACCCCCCUUGGCAUUCUGCCAAGCAGCCAACCAACUAACACACCCAGACGGCAAAAUCCACCUCUGCCCGGGAUAGGUCAGAUGUCAAAGGUCAGAGAUCCCCGGCUUGACCUGAUUUCGCCGUACACCGUGUCGCCACCCUCGGGCAGGGGCGUGGAACUUUUCUCUGCAGCAGCUUCCCAAAUAGUUGACAAUGACGAAGCAGACGAAGACUCGGAUGUCGAAGGUGUCAUACCACUCCCGUCACCCCCACCAAAAUGGAAACAAGAUAGUCGUCCGUCAACAUCCGGUCAGGUGAUAGUGUUGCCAACUGCUUGAAGACAAGUUGUCAAGUUUACAAAGAACUUUGAACAAAUGGCCUUGUUACAAGAAAGUCUCUCUGUAAUAACUUCCAGUGAAACUGUAGCCUACCCGAGCAAGGUGACGAGUUGGCCCCUUCUUUAAAAACUGGUUGAAAUCAAUGGUCAAGUUUGAGUCUGGUACCACGGACGCGUAUAAUAAAAUCUGGACUCGCAAUGCCUUUAAUCAGCUUAUAGAGUCAUGGAAUCCACUCGCGGCCAUUUUACCGAGCCGAAUACAAAGCUUUCCUGGCAAUGCCCGCGUUUUUUCUUCCUGCCGUCAAUAGAAGGAGCCGACCCACGCUUAUGUAUUCGGCUCGGUAAAAUGGCCGCUGGUUGGCUUCUUUUUCAUACCAAGGCAUUGCAAGUCCAGAUUUUUUAAAUACGUCCGUGUCUGGUACUGCAGUUGUAAUUAUCCUUUCACAAUCAGAUUUGAAGCUCUGCAACUUCCAGGCAUUUCUCUGGGGGUGGGGUGGGGAAAUGGGUUUCUGUUCAAAGGAUUUUGUGGCAACUGUUAAAACUAAUGCAGGACAAAAAGACACAGAACACAAAAUUAUUUUGUAGUUAUUUUAACUCACAACUUGAUAUCAGAACAAAUGGGAACAAGCAGAGCUACUUUUUCAUUUCUUGCACCAAGUGUACAGUGUUUGGCAUUUUGUACAAACUAAUGCAACACUUUGUGGAUACAUGUACAAAUGGAGAGUUUGUGUGCUGAAGUUAUAUUUUAUAAAAUCUGUAACAUUUGUAAAUUUUAUAGGGUUCUAUUGUAUUAAGCUCGAGCAUAAAUUUUUGGAAUACAAAUUAAGAAAUACAUGAAAAGUGUGUAAUUUUUGAGUAAUUUCUUGGGGGGGGGUGGUGGUGUGCAAUAGUUUCAGAAAUACAAAUACAUGCAUUCCGACAAGGUUUUGGACACAAGCAAAACACAAAAACCCACGACACGUACUAAAUGUGAAGUGAAUUUUAUUAUUACCGCAACAUCCAAAAUGGUUACAUAUGCAAAUCACUCUUCUUUAGCUAACAAAGGUGACAGGAUUUCAUUUUGUGUGAGGCCCCUGCAAUAACAUGUUCACUUAAACUUUGCCUCAAG